GGCCGGUCCAGAUACACUCCUACUCUGGUGGAGCCAGCGGGGGAGAGAGGGGGGACUGUCCCUAUACCGUUGUACCAGACAGAGUAACCACCAUCAAGACAAUCGAGACUCCAGGACUUGUUGUUCAGUCCAAGCAGGCUGUCACCACCCCCUCCUCUCCUUGUGAUUCCUCUGUAUGUCACUCCUAUACCAACCCCUCCUUCCCUCUCUACCUCCCAGUAACAGCGGCCAGUCAGAGCCUCUCUACCCAACACCUGGAGCCAGGAGUCAAAUCUGUCUGGGUGAUCUGGAUACGACAGGUCCUCUCCAACCCGUGUCACCUUCCUGUUGUCCUCAGACAGAGAGAGUUGUCUGUGGGCCGUGUUGGGGUCCAGUGUGAGGUCACAGGCAUCUGAGGGAGAACCAGACAUGAUGAGCUGCUGAACCGCUCUUCAUCCUCAUCAUCAUCAUCAUCAUCAUCACUAGUACUGUUCUCCUGCGCUCUGUGUACAUAUACAUAGAUAUGAACACAUACAUACACAGUGUUGUGCCUGAACGCGUUCAUUGAACGAUAGUUUAUGAAAUCGUUCAUAUUUUGGGCGAACGUGAACUGAACGUACUGUAUCUCUGCCUGAUGAACGUUACUGUGAACUAGUUCAUUCUGGUGUCUGUGAACGGCACGGUCACUCGGUUUAACUUCGUUCAAUAGGGGGAUUAUUUGUUUAUCUACACGGCGGAUGCAUGCGCAUCCGCCAAAAAUAUGGACCGUCAAGAUUCCCAUUGAAACGAAUGGAGCGGUGAUUAUUCUUCAAAACGAGAGCUGGUAAAUCGUGAAAAAUGAAUUAAACUGUAAUCAGACAACGCGGUUAUACGCUAUAGACCCUAGAGUAUCUGUGGUAUAAAGGCUGGGACGAAUUUCGAAUUAUAAAUAUAAUUCGAAAUUCACCCUAGGAAAAACACCCUAUCUGCCUGGCAACACAGCCACCAGUGUCGCACGCGCAUGCGUCUUCAAAACAAUAAACAUCAUGGCUACGACAGCAGCAUGUAGGCGAUUAGACUCGUAUAAUAAUUUAAAAGAGUUGUAUGACAAGGUCGGUGAGGAUGGGAAAAAUCUUACAUUUCUGUGCAAACUUUGCCCGCCGGCUUUCAAAAAGAAAAUCCGCACUUCAGUCACAUCCACAGCAAACCUGAAACGGCACAUAAAACUGAAGCACCCGGCUAGCCUUUCAAGGUAUGUGCAAGCAAAUUAAAAAUCCAAAGACAGUCAAGACAGAUCCUCGACCUCCACUCAAAUCCCAUUAACCGCGUACAGCGGCUCCUUUUUCAUCUCCCAGCCGCAGCUGGACCACCUGGUGGUGCAGUAUAUUGUCGGAGACCUGCAGCCUUUGAGUAAAGUGGAAAGCCCAGCUUUCAUAAACUUAAUUAAGGGGUUGCAGCCAUCCAAAACGGUGCCAUCGAGAAAGAAACUACAGACACUGUUAAACAAGAAAUUUAAAGAAAACAUAUGUGAACUUAAGACUGAACUGUCUGAGAUCGAUGCUGUGUGCACAACAGCAGAUUGCUGGUCAGCUGCGAACAAGGCAUUUAUGGGAAUCACUGUCCGCUGGCUAAACAAAACUGAUGUUUCUAAGAGAUACUCUGCAGUACUGGCAUGCCGGCGGAUUAAAGGAGCACAUACACAUGAUGUGUUGGCAAAAUUAUUGUCAGAAGUAAACAAAGAAUUCAAAAUCCACAACAAGGUUGUGUGUACAGUAACAGACAAUGCUGCAAAUUUUAUCAAGGCAUUCAACUGUUUUGGGAUGGAUAUUGAUACUGAAGUGCCAGAGACAGUGGUCCACUUUGAUGAAACUGAAAGUGAAGAUGACAAUGAAGUGUCAGCCUUUGCUGCCGCCAGUGAGGACUCAGAUGAAAAUGUCCAGAUGGAGCCUGAGCCUCUCUCAGGUCUGGAUCAUCCCUCUCUCCCCCCUCACAGAAGGUGCAUGGCUCACACCUUGAAUCUAGUGGCCAAAGAUACGGAAAAGGUUACUGAAAAACGCUACAAAACAAUGUCGAGGGCUGUUUUUGCAAAAGCAUCUGCUCUGUGGAACCUGGUUAAGCAAAGUACAAAGGCUUCUGAUGCUGUGGAGGAAAAGCUUGGGAUUGGUUUUGUUGAGACAAAUGACACAAGAUGGAACUCAGUUUUUCUCGCGAUGGAGCGACUGUCUCGCAUAGCAACACUAACUACCAAGGCAGAAAUGAACGUGGCUGAGGUCACCCCUGAAAAUGAUGCCAGUCCCCUACAUGACGAGCUGCUUUUGCACACUGUGAGUGAUGAGUUUGGCUUUCGCAGAUUUACUCCACAGGAAGUUGAAUUCAUACACAAGUUUGUGGAUGUGAUGAGGCCUUUAGCACUUGCACUAAACAUCCUCCAAGCAGAGAAGAACAUCUUUCUUUGCUACCUGGCUCCAACAAUUGUGCAGCUGAAAUGUCAUAUGAAUGACCUGUUGGAUGAGAGCAUAAAGCCCACUGCAGCAGAGGGUCUCAUUACAUGCAGACCCCUCAUAAAGAGUAUCUUGAAAUCCCUGAGCAAAAGGCUGGCAGGUCUUCUGGAGAAGAGGGACCACAUACUCUCCGCUAUGCUGGUGCCAAGAUUCAAGCUAGACUGGGUCCAAGAUGAGGAGAAACAAUUGCAGUACAGAUUGAUGCUGAAAAGAGAAUUUCAAACCCUCAACUCUGAUGACUCAGGUCCAGCCAAGUCCAGUGGUAAACAUGUCAAGAAAGAUCCUGCAGCGUCAUUCUUCAGAUUUAACCAAAAAACUGAGGUUAAUCCAAAAUCUGAAGUGGACACCUAUUUGGAUGCCCCAACCACAGAUGGGUUUGAUGAAUACCUGCAGUUUUCAAAGCUCAGAAGGCUGUUCAUUAAACACAACACUGCCCUGCCCUCAAGCGCUCCAGUAGAGAGGCUCUUCAGCAUCGGUGGUCUAAUAUUCAGGUAGGAAAAAACUGUGAUUAUAUUACAUAAUUAUUAUUCUUUGGUAAUAAGUACAGUAAAUACCCAGCCUCAAAUUAUAGUUCUUGGUGAUAUCAUUCUAGUUCUGGUUUUCAAAAUAAAAAAAUAUACCAGUGAUUGCCUCAGUUCACAAUUCCUUUAAUACAGAUUACUGUUAAAUUUUUUUUACCAUAAUAAUCAUGAUGUUACAAUCUCAUUCAGACCCAGGAGAAACCGGCUGGGAGAUGCCAACUUUGAGAAGCAGCUCAUCCUGAAUGCCAACAAAAAGUUUUGACGGAAGCUAAAAAACAGCAGAUCCACCAGGGAGAGAACACUGUGACCAAUGACAGAGGAUCUUCAUUCAGAUAAGGGAUUGGCCCUGCACACAGACUUUUUUUCAUUCAUUAUUAUUAUUAUUACUUUGGUUAUUUCUGUAACCAGUGAUAUUCAUUCAGUUCCACUCACUGGAAGGAAAGUAGGAGCACUGUCCAUGGCCUUGGACUCUGACUGACUCUUUUUAAGUUAUUGUUUUGUUUUACGUAUUCAUUUGGCAAGCAAAGUGACUUAAUAAAGUUUAAAUGUUUUGCACUUUGAAUAUUGGACUUUCAAGUUCAACCUUGAUUUCCUACCUCAGUUUGUGUUAUUGGAAUGGUUACUUUACUGUUCAUGUAAUGUAACUUGUUUGUUGAACCUGCCUGGUAUAUUUUUCCAGGAUUCCAGUAUUAUUAAAAAAUAACAUUCAAGCAGCAAGUUUUUCCUCAUGUUUUUGAGAAUAUACUGUAGGGUGAAAGCUGCAGCUGCUACUAGUGUGGACUGAAUGGACAGCAACAAAGCGUUAAAGCAACAAUGGGGAAAGGAUGUCCCCUCAAUGCUAAUGUAUACCCUGGUUGGAUAAGGAUUGGAUCAGGAUAAUUGGAUAUGAAGAGGAUAUCUGAUACAUAGUUUCAGUGAUAAAACUGAUAAAAUAAUUGCUGUCUGUGGUUCUAUAUGGGCUGUGGCAAACAUUUUGAAAAAUAAUAGCUCACAGCAACAUAUUGAAAAAAAGAACUAUGAACUAGAUCAUAUUUGAAACUUGAAUUAUGAACUUUGAACUGAACUAGUUCAUUUUAAAAAUUUUGAACUGAACUUUGAACUAGUUCACGUAGAAAGUGAACUUUCCCAACACUGUACAUACAUAUGUACACAUACAUAAAUACACACACCUCAACAAUAACGUUAUGAAAACAUCAACAACAAUGUUAUGAAAACAUCAACAACAGUGUUAUGAAUACACUCAUUCAUCACUAGUACUGUUUUCCUGAACAUGACAUGAUAGUUACACUAUUGCUACAUCAACAACAAACAUCUCUGCUUGGAUCCAGGACUUACCAAAGACAAGCAGCUCAGCGCUGUGAUUGGCCGUGCCAGCGCUGUUGCUCGCCAUGCAGCAGACCGUGUUCACGCCGUACCUCCCACCUCUGACGAAGAGGAAGCCCCUCUCCACCCAGGCCUCUGAUUGGUUGACUGUGCUGUUCCUCUCCAGGGGCCUGCCGUUGUGGAGCCACUCUACUGUGGGCUCCGGCGUGCCGCCGGCAUGGCAGGUAUAGCGGGCCGUUUGGCCCACGGGCAACACGUGGGUAGAGGAGUGGAACUCUGUGAUGCUGGGGGCCUCCUCCUCCUCCUCCGUGGGCAUCACUGAACCUGAAGAAACCAGGAGGAGAGGAGUGAACGUUUACAACACGCAUCUAGAGAUGCAGCGUCAGACACUCCCUUCAAUCUCUCCUAACACCCGUCCACUAGAGGGCGACCCAGGGGAUUCACACCCAGUAUUCUGGCCUGCCAUUUCAAACAUGAUUGAAUAACACAGCAGUGUCUACAAAGAUUUCCCAGGGAGAUUAAUGAGUCAGGGGCAGAGCUUGCAGCGAAGAAAGCAAAACCUUUAACCAGCUCCAAUUGAACCCAACAAAAGCAAUUGCAGAAAAAGAUCCUACGUAAACACUAGAGAUGUGCAGACAGAGUAACAGUUUAUCGUUUCAUAUUUUAAACUGUUUAAAAUAUGCAAUGGAUUUGUGGUUAAUUAAAUUUAACUUCUUACUAUCAGCUAUUUAUUGUAUGCAUCCUAAUUAUCCCUUACAAGUUUUGUAUUGCACAUAUUUUAAGGCGAUUAUAACCUGUCCUAAAAGGUCCUACCAUUUUUUUUUUCUUUAAGCCUGAAAAAAAAUUAAUUGAAUGAAAUAACUCAAAUGUAUUUAAUAAC